UGUACGGGGGGUUUGCUGUGCGAUGAGGCCAGUGCACUGGAUUAGAUUGGCGCUGCAGAAGAGAGCCGCGGAUCACAGGCGCUGGUUCUGACAAGCCGGGAGAAGGAGAGCAGAGAGCCGGAUAGAGGUGAGGCUGCUCCCGCUGCUGCUGCUCCCACUGCUGCUGCGGCUUGUGCUGCCCGGAGUAACACCAUGCCGCUGGCAAUCUGGCUGCUGGGACUUAUGUGUCACCUUGCUGCACUCGCCCGGAGCUUGCACACGCAUCGACUUCACCCAAAGCAAGAGAGUUUCAUCAGGCAGCUGUCAGCAUAUGAAAUUGUAACUCCGGUUCGAUUGAAUGAUUUUGGGGAGUCAUUCCCACAUCAGCGGCACUACAGGCGAAGAAAGAGGAGUGCAGACCAGGAUUUGGCAGCAGCUUUCAGAGUGCAUUACCGGAUCGAGGCAUUUGGUGAGCGCUUCCACUUCAACUUGAGCGCUGAUGCAGGCUUCAUUGCGCCAACCUAUGCUGUAACGCACCUGGGAUUGCCAGAGGACCCUGGGCCCAACACUGAGGAUAUGCGUCACUGCUUCUUUCGAGGACAUGUCAAUGAACAACAGGGACACCCUGCCGUCUUUAGCUUGUGCACCGGCCUCAUUGGCACAUUUACAACCCAUAAUGGAGAAUAUUUCCUGGAACCACUGAUGAGCGCUGAUGAAGAGCAAUAUGAUGAAGAACACAAUAAACCUCAUCUUGUGUACAAACAUGAAAGGAGGAAGAGUCCAGAGAGUGACCGAGCUGAACCAUGUGCUUCUUCAGAUAAUAUAAAAGAUCACGUCCAUAUCCACAGUAAUAGAAGCCUUGUAGAAGAGGUCAAGUCAGUAUGGGAAACUAUGGACAAACGUAUCCCAGGAUCACACCAAUCAAACUCAAAAACCCAUCAUGGUGGCAGCCGCAAGAAGCGCUUUCUGUCCUACCCACGCUUUGUGGAAUUGAUGGUCACUGCAGACGCCAAAAUGGCACGACACCAUGGACGCAAUCUGGAACACUUCAUUCUAACAAUCAUGUCAGUAGUGGCUGCAGUGUACAAAGACCCCAGUGUUGGAAACCUUAUCAAUGUUGUAAUAGUCAAAUUGAUCAUUAUUCACAAUGAACAGGAAGGGCCAAAUAUAAAUUUUUAUGCUGCUACGACACUGCACAACUUCUGUGUUUGGCAACAAAGUCAGAAUGUUCGGGAUGACAGCGAUCCAUCUCAUCACGAUACCGCACUACUCAUUACUAGGGAGGACAUCUGUCGAGCAAAAGACAAGUGUGACACAUUAGGCCUGGCAGAGUUGGGCACGAUGUGUGAUCCGUAUCGAAGCUGCUCUAUCAGCGAAGAGAAUGGUCUAAGCUCCUCCUUCACCAUUGCCCACGAGUUGGGCCAUGUAUUUAACAUGCCUCAUGAUGACAACCCAAAGUGCAGAGAAGCAGGAAUAAAGCAUCAGUAUCACGUCAUGGCCCCAACUCUAAAUUACGACACCAGCCCCUGGUCCUGGUCCAAGUGCAGCCGGAAGUACAUAACUGAGUUUCUCGAUACCGGUUAUGGGGAGUGUCUGUUGGACGAACCAGUUGUCAGAUCCUACGUUCUUCCUGUCAAGCUUCCAGGUCAACUCUACAAUGCUAAUCGGCAAUGUGAGCUGAUGUUCGGACCAGGCUCCCAAGUCUGCCCAUUUAUGAGACAGUGCAAGAGGCUCUGGUGCACCAGCUCAGAGGGGGACCAUAAAGGCUGCCGCACACAGCACAUGCCCCUGGCUGAUGGAACUGAAUGUGGACAUGGAAUGCACUGCAGACGUGGUAUGUGUGUGAAUAAAGAGAUAGAGGGGAGGCCGGUGCAUGGUGAGUGGGGGCCGUGGGGACCCUACAGUGUGUGUUCCAGGACCUGUGGUGGAGGCACACGUAGCACAUCCAGAGACUGCAACAAGCCUGAACCGAGGAACGGUGGGCGCUUUUGUGUGGGGCGCCGCAUGAAGUUCCGUUCCUGUAACACGGAGCCAUGUCCAAGAGGCCCCAAAGACUUUAGAGAGGAGCAGUGCUCGCAGUUUGAUGGCAAACACUUCAACAUCAAUGGUCUAACCCCCACUGUCCGUUGGGUGCCCAAAUACAGCGGCAUCCUAAUGAAAGAUCGAUGUAAGCUGUUCUGUCGUGUGUCGGGGUCGAUGGCUUACUACCAGCUGCGAGAUCGAGUGGUUGAUGGAACACCUUGUGAUCCAGACACCUACGACAUCUGUGUACAAGGCCUCUGCAGGCAAGCAGGUUGUGAUCAUGUGUUAAACUCGAAGGCAAGAAACGACAAAUGUGGAGUGUGUGGAGGGGACAAUUCCUCUUGUAGAACUGUUGCUGGCACCUUUAACAAUGCACAAUAUGGUUAUAAUGUCGUGGUCCGAAUACCAGCUGGUGCAACCAACAUUGAUAUAAGGCAGUUUAGCUACUCAGGAACACCAGAAGAUGAUAACUACCUCGCUCUUUCUGACAGCCAGUCCAAUUUCCUGCUGAACGGGAACUUUGUGGUGUCUAUGUUUAAAAGGGAAGUCUCCUUUAAGGGAACAGAGUUUGAAUACAGUGGCUCCAACACCACAGAGGAGCGCAUCAACUGCACAGAGCGUAUUGAAGAUGAGCUCAUCCUACAGGUGCUGUGUGUAGGAAACCUCUAUAAUCCUGAUGUACGUUAUUCCUUUAACAUACCUAUAGAGGAACACCGAGAGCAGUUUGUGUGGGACCCCUCAGGCCCCUGGCAAGAGUGCUCUCGCAUGUGCCAAGGCGAGCGUCGGAGAAAACCAGUUUGCGUACGGAAAAGUGAUCAGCUGGUGGUGUCGGACCAGAGGUGUGAACAUCUUCCUCGACCAAGGGGUGCUAUGGAGCCAUGCAAUACAGAAUGUGAACUCAGGUGGCAUGUAGCGGGUAGGAGUGAGUGCUCAUCCAAAUGUGGACCUGGCUAUCGUAUGCUGGAGGUGCUGUGUAUGCGCUACAGCCGGCUGAAGAGAGGUAGUGAGAGAGUGGAAAUUCGGGCGUGUGCAGAUCUGGCAAAACCUCAGAGCCGUGAGCCCUGUCAUGGAGAUUGUCUGCUGAAGAGCUGGCAGUACAGUGACUGGUCUCAGUGUUCUAAGAGCUGUGGACGUGGUACCCGCACUCGCGAUUCUUAUUGCAUGAAUAACAUCGGCCUCAGGCUGGCAGAGCACGAGUGUUCUGAGUACCAGAAAGUUGUUUCUGAACCUUGCAAUGACAUUCCAUGUCCUGAUUGGUCCUUCAAUGAGUGGACUGAGUGUACAGUGACAUGUGGUAAGGGGAUGAGACACAGGCUGGUGUUCUGUGUUUCAGCAGAGAAGCGACUCAGUGAUGAGCUCUGUGAUCCCAGCAGCAAACCCCCCUCCGUAAGCAGCUGUGUGCUCUCGGAGUGUGCCUCCUGGCAAGCCGGUGUCUGGAGUGCGUGUGCAGUAACCUGUGGUCAUGGAUACCAAAUGCGAGCUGUAAGGUGUAUGUCUGGUGCUUAUGGUGAGACUGUCAACGACAGGGAGUGUAAUGCAGCUUUUAGACCAAGAGAUAGCCAGGAGUGUGAGUUGCCAGCCUGUCCCCAAACAUCAGCAGCGCUCAGCACACCACAACCUGCAGCACCUGUAAAGCUCCACAGCCAGUGGAGAUUUGGUUCCUGGACUACAUGCUCAGUCUCCUGUGGGAAGGGUGAGAGAGCACGCUAUGUUAGCUGCAGAGAUACUCAGGGAGGAGUAGCUGAUGAGACUUUCUGUGCCCAUCUACCUCGACCACCAGAAACCUCAGUCUGCUUUAGCCCGUGUGGCCAGUGGAGAGAAGGAGAGUGGUCACCUUGCUCCGUAUCGUGCAGUGUGGGUCGCUCCACACGGCAAGUGGUGUGCAUGAACUAUAACCAGCAGGUGGAUGAGUCUUACUGUCACCCAGAUGAGAAGCCUAGCACUGAUCAGGAGUGUGCCGCAGCCCCAUGUCACUCAGUCUACCAGCUAUGGCCCAAAAACCAACCCUACUUCCCCCGCGACCCCCGUAGCCAUCCGGGACACAGCAGCUGGAAUGUGCCAUCUGCAGAUCACCAGUGGAGGACAGGGCCAUGGGGAUCAUGCUCCAGUACAUGUGAAGGUGGUUUCCAGAGAAGAGUGGUGGUCUGUCAGGACUCAGAGGGUCGCAGCACUAAUUACUGUGAUGAAAGAGUCAAACCCAGUGAAUCAAAGAGCUGUGACUCAGGACCAUGUCCUCUGUGGAACUAUGGCAUCUGGGGGGAGUGUAGUCAGUCAUGUGGUGGCGGGCAGAGGACGCGGCUAGUGGUAUGUCAGCGUCCAAACGGGCAGAGACUGAACGAGCACAACUGUGACAUGCUUGACAAACCUCCCGAUAUGGAACGGUGCAACAUGCAGCCGUGCCCAGGCAGCGCUUCCUGGCACAGGCGACCAUGGAAGCCGUGUUCUGUGACCUGUGGCAAGGGAACCAAGCAGCGAAAGCUGGUCUGCAUGUACCAAAAUCAAACGGAGACUGAGGAAGAGAACUGCGCUUAUCUUGCAAGACCCAAAGCGCAGAAACUCUGCAGGGCAGGACCGUGCCCCAGCUGGAAAGCAAACAAGUGGCGAACGUGCUCGGUUAGUUGUGGUGCUGGUGUACAGACGCGUGAGGUGUACUGUAGAUUAAAAGGCAAAGGUCGUGUGGAAGAGAAAAUGUGUAAUGCCCAUCUUCGUCCCAGCAGCCUGCAGCCAUGUGUGUUUGCUGACUGCCAUCCUUACACAUGGUCAGCCAGUGAGUGGCAGGAGUGUAAUGCUACAUGUGGAGAGGGUGUAAGGCAAAGAACUAUCCAAUGUGUGGACAAAGCAAGGAAUUUUGUCUCCGAAAGUCUGUGUGACCCCUCAACCAGACCUGCCCUUAAUCAGCCUUGCUCUAGUGCCCCCUGUCAGUAUAUCUGGGUAACUGCAGCUUGGACACAGUGUUCUAUGAGCUGUGGGGAAGGUUACCAGCAAAGAACAGUAUCAUGCUCUGCUGUGCCCUAUGCUUGGGACCAGCUGGUAAUUGGUGCCCAUUCCUAUAUUGAAGUUUUGCCUUCUGAGUGCCCACAGCCUCCCCCACCCCACAGCAGACCGUGUCAGCUAUCAGAAUGCCCACUGCCUGCGUACUGGAAAGUUGGAGCAAUGAGCAAGUGUUCUCAGACAUGUGGUGCUGGGGUGAUGAAAAGGACAGUAGAGUGUCUCACUGCUGAAAAUAUACCCUCCAAAAAUUGUUCUUUGUCCAGUCGGCCUUCAUCCCUGGUAGCCUGCAGACUAAGAAAUUGUGAAUUGUUUUCUACCUGUAAGGAGCUUCAGAUGAAAGACGACAUUAGAAAAGACGGUGAACAUCACCUCCGAGUUAAAUCAAAAAUUCUUCAGAUUUACUGUGCAGACAUGCAGACUUACUUUCCAAAGGAGUAUGUGACCCUGCGCAGUGGCCAGACAGACAACUACUCAGAGGUGUAUGGAAACAGGUUGAACAACCCCUUUGAAUGCCCACAUAAUGGCAGCAGGCGUCAGGACUGUGCUUGCAGAAAUGAUUAUCAUGCAAUGGGCUACACUCUCUUUUACAGAGUCAGGCUGGACCUCACUGCCAUGAAAAUAAUCACCACAGAUAUGCAGUUUUCUCAGACCCUUCUUGGCCGUCCUGUUCCCUUUGCUACUGCCGGGGACUGUUACAGCGCUGCUAGGUGUCCGCAGGGUCAGUUCAGCAUUAAUCUCACUGGGACAGGACUAAAGGUUGCUAAAACAACUAAAUGGGUCCCUAAUGGAAACUAUGUCUCAGUCAAAGUCCACAGAUCAGAGGAUGGGACACGGAUUUACGGCCGCUGUGGGGGAUUCUGUGGAAAGUGUCUGCCCAAUCCUUACACCGGCCUUCUUGUUCAACUCCAGUAAAAUAGACUCGAAUCGAGUCUGCAUGGGUACAUUUUUUUCAGGGUCUAAGAACUGCA